AUGAACAGUCUUCAGUCAUACGGGAAAGGCGAGCCUGUUUCUGACAACAACGCUUAUACUAUUACGUCGAUUUACCACAAUGGCCAGCUCCAGAUGUACACCAGCCACCCCACUCAGCCAUCUACUCCUGGGGGCCGUCCAGAGUACCACAUGACUCAGCUAAAUACUUGGGGAAUGACCGGCAAUCCCGAAACUUUUCGGCAGGGAGCUGGCGCGUUCAGGAACGCGCGAGAUUGGGCAAAAGAGCAGAGGGACAAGGCGAUUGAGCAGGCGAACGAGAGAGCAAUGGAUCAGACUCAGCCAGAACAGCCAGAGGGUCGCUCUGAAUACCACAUGACCCAGCUGAGAUCCUUUGCUAUGACCGAUACUGCUGAGACUUUCCGACAGGGUGCUGGGGCGUAUAGGAAUUUAAGAGACUGGGCAAAAGAGCAGAGGGACGAAGCCAUUCGACAAGCGAACGAGAGAGCUGACCCCGUUGAAGCUGAAGCACCAGCACCGACAGGUGAUCUAGCGGGUGAUGCAUCAGGCGCUAGCCCUGCUUCAAGUUUCGUGACAGCAGUGUCGGAUACAGAAGCCUACACCACAAGUGGAGUGUUUCAGACGUCGCCGAAUGGAGAUUCUAAUACAUGGGGGGACUUCGAGGAAUCCGAUAGUUCAACAGAGGAGCUGGAUUACAGACCACCGGCUAAACGUUCCAGCAGGCGUUCUAAGCCCCCACAGACCGAGCCAAAGCGACGCAACGCCGGUGAAUCUACCGACGGCUCACACAGCCAUGGACCCGUUUCGCAAAGCUCCCCGGCAAACGUUGCAACAACUCAGCAGCGCGAAGAGUGGUCAUGGACAGAUGGCAAAUUUCAAUGUCGCAAAGGGCAGACACUUGUAAAGGAGCAGAGCGAUGCUCCGGCUGAUGUGUGGGUUUACUAUGAUCAAGGCUGGCCUGGUCAAGGAGAGAAGAAAUGGAGGCAUUGGAUGUCGGCCACGCGUGAAAUCCUAUAUUCAUGA